CAAGACAACGAACGUGUUUGAACUAUUAACUAUAAUGUGACUAGUCCUUAAAAUAAACUAUUUAUAUUAACAUAUUAAAAUAUCAUUAAAAAGACAUCGAAUGUGAUUAUUAAUUUAGUGUUUGUGAAUGCGAUAGUUGAGUGACUUUAUUUGUUUUUCUUUUCUUUUGUUUAGUCAUUUUUGAAGUGCAAACGGAUUCGCCAUGCACGCGGCCAUACUGCUAGCGUGCGCGGCGCUCGCGACGCAUGCGCAUGCGCAACAGGUGGAGCGACGCCUCGGGAAUUUCAGAGAGGUGUUCGCUUGGAAGCAGAUGACGUUUAACAUUAACGGACAGACACUUCUUCGCGACCGUUUCGGCAACGACGGGUUAGAAGAGGACAGACGGAAGAGACAGACUGAUGAGGUGUUCUUUAACAACAACGAUAACGAACCGGAGAGGAACUGGAACCAGAAUUCAGGCUCAUCUUGGAAUCGGCCACAAAGACCUAACAACCAAUUUACUUCAAGACCUAAUACAAAUAGACCAACAACGACUUCUACAACUAGCAGACCGACUUCACCUAACGACGAAGCUGGCCGCUUCUUCAUUCAGUACAACAAUGUGCCUAUGGGGGUUGAGAUAGUCGGCAAUAGAUUGUUCAUUUCCUUGCCUAGAAGGAGACACGGAAUCCCAACAACACUGAACUACAUAAACCUGGAACGAGAAUCGAACAACCGAUCCCCAGCUUUGACACCCUACCCUAAUCUCAGACAAGGAAGGAGCCUGACAUCCGUCUAUAGGACACGCGCUGACACGUGUGGUAGAUUGUGGAUGGUGGAUACUGGACUUAUGGAAAUACCAAGUAACCCCCAGCAGGCGCAACCUCCAGCGAUAGUAGUUUUCGACCUGCGAACAGACACACAGAUCCUCAGACACCCGUUCAAGGCAUCUGAUUUACCGGCUGCCAACACACCUACCGGUCUUGCCUCAAUCACAGUAGACGUCAUAAAUGGCGACUGUUCAAACACCUUCGCCUAUGUGCCAGAUCUGACCACUUUCGGCAUUAUCGUGUUCUCACUGCGAGAAAGAGAUAGCUGGAGAGUGCAGCAUAACUAUUUCAGCUUCAACCCUACAGCUGGGAACUUGAAUAUUGCUGGGCACCGGUUCCAAUGGAGUGAUGGCAUAUUCAGCAUCACCCUGAACGACCCUGACUCCGCCGGCUGCAGGACAGCUUACUUCCACCCCCUCAUCAGCACAGAGGAGUUUUCAGUAAACACGUGUGUCCUGAGGAACAGAACAGCCAGCAGUGACAGCGACUAUUUCCAGAGAUAUUCGGUGGUAGGCAACCGCGGUGACAACUCCCAAUGCACCAUGCACGGCUACCACUCCGCGUCCAAAGUCAUCUUCUUCGCUGACGUCGGUCGCAACGCCAUCUCUUGCUGGAAGACCUCCAACAUCCUGAACCCUGGGAACGUGGCUGUGCUGGCCCAGGAUAGCACUAGGAUGAGCUAUCCUUCUGAUCUUCACGUGACAGAUGAUGAAGUGUGGGUUAUGGCAAACAAUCUUCCCCGCUUCGGAUAUUCGCGUCUCGACCCCAACCAAUACAACUUCUUUGUCUACAGGGGAAACGUGAACGACCUGAUUACGGGAACAGUGUGUGAUGGACGCACGCCCUUCACUGGAUGAAGAUUAAAAAUGUAGUUUACGAUUUUUAUUGCAGUACAACCAUUUGAUAUUAA